AUGGAAUUGGACGGUCGGUAUGUGCUGGAUCUGAACAACAGAUACAGUUGCCUUCUCUUCGGUAAGUUUACAUCCCUCUUUUUUUCUCCGAGUAAUCUGUUAUGGUUCUUCCUACGAAGCAUCCCUGAUACGAUUUACCCCAGAAAUCUACAGAUCUCGAUGACACUCUCUACCCCCUGAGCCUUGGAAUUGCAACCGCAUGCCGUGACAAUAUCAGAGGUACUUCACUCAAAAGUUUCUACGGCUUUGAGAGCCUACCUAAUUCAUCUCGAGGUCUAAUUACUCUCUCUCUCUCUCUCUCUCCCUCCAGAUUACAUGAUCGAAAGGCUUGGAAUCGAUGAGACCAAGGUGCCGGAUCUAUGUUUUUUAUUAUACAAGCACUACGGCACAACAAUGGCUGGACUGAGGGUGAGAACCGGUUUCUAGCUGAUGACGUUAAUUACCAAGGCGAUGUAAUCAUCGAUGUGCUGAUAAUUCUGUGGGAUUUCAUCUUCUUAUCAACUCAUGGCUUUCUUGUUCCUGAAAAUUACCAUGGCGCAGGCAAUCGGUUACGAAUUCGACUAUGAUGAUUACCACCGCUUCGUUCAUGGAAGGUUGCCCUACGACAGCCUGAAGCGUGACCCCGUCCUGAGGACCCUGCUGCAGAGCCUCCCGAUUCGGAAAGUCGUAAGAUCCCAUCCAUGACUCUAAAUGAAAAGAAUCAUUGCCUGCAUGGUGAUCCUUCAAACUAAUUCAGCCACCGUUUCUUCGUUUUUCCUCCGCCGGUGUAGAUCUUCACGAAUGGGGACGAAGUCCACGCUGCUAGAUCUUCACGAUGGGAUCAUCUGCUUCGAGACCGUAAAUCCGCCGGCGUCACCGUCUCCAUCUUACGAUCCAAUAAAUCCCGCCAAUAUAUUCGACAUUGUAGAGCACUUAUCUCGACCCGACUCCGGUGCUGACCACCUACCUGAGACUCCAAUUCUCUGCAAACCAUCCGAAGACGCAAUGGAGCAGGCCCUGAAGAUCGCCGGCAUCAACCCUCGCACAGCGGUAAGUCAGAUCUUCUUUCCUGUCAUCUCCCGAGACAGAAGAAUCUCUUAUCCCCACACCAAUCGUUUCACACUCUCGAUGCCUGAAUGUCUCUGUGCAGAUGUUCUUCGACGACAGUGCCCGCAACAUCCUCGCCGGCAAGCGGAUCGGUCUACACACCGUCCUGGUGAGCCCUCUGAGACCACCUCGCCGGGUUCCGCUUCCGCCGAGAGAAAAUCUGAUCGGCUCCCACUGAUCAUCCUCUUCUUCUCUUUGACCCUCAUCAGAUUGGAUCUUCCCACAGAAGCGCAGGCGCAGACCACGCAUUGGAGAGCAUCCACAACAUAAGGGAGGCUCUGCCAGAGCUCUGGGAAGGCGCCGAGAGAGCGGAAGACGUCGUCCACCCUGCCAAGGUCGCAAUCGAGACAACCGUCAGAGCGUAG